AUGUUCGGCACCAAGUUAGAAACCACCGCCUCUGUGGUGAAGACCUUCACCAGAAACAUCUCUGGUAAGGGACACGUGCAUUUGUCCAACAGAAGAGUCAUGAGAAAAAUCGAAAUGGGCAAGGCCCGUCCUGCCAUCUUCUACCAGUUCGACACCUUGGUGGAGCUUAGUGACGGCUCUGUCAUAAGAAGAAGGUCGCAGGCGCCCAAGGACGAAAUCAGAAUGAUCACCGACCAAAGAAAUAGUGAAUUGUGGAAUCCUAACCGUUCUGACUUGUUCACUGGUGACUUAUCCACCGGAAAGAUCAGUAAGUUCAAGCAAAGAUUCGCUGCAUUUGAAACCGAGCCUGAAACCAUACCGAAGGAGGAAGUCAAGAGUGACGAACCUAGAGCUAAGAAGGUGGAUGACUUGAUCGAGAUGAUGGGUCACAACGCCCAAGAGAUCAAGGGUGGUGUAUUAUACGACAAGAAGAAGAACAGAAGAAGAUAG